UAUGACCUGACUCUCGUCCAGGGUAUAGAUAAAGAGUAACGGUGGUGCGAGAGUUUAGUAUAUCGCCCGAUCCCGUCUCGUUCACUUGUGAAGCAAAGCAACUAAGGAAUAAACAUGAACAAGCUAUUGAUUGUUCUCUUGGCUGUGUGCCUUGUCAGUGUACACGCAUUUGUGAAGCGUGAAACUGAAUCGACACCCGACUACCUGAAGAACAUUCAGCAGCAGCUUGAAGAGUACACCAAAAAUUUCAAUACACAGGUGCAAAAUGCCUUUGACUCGGAUAAAAUAAAGUCGGAAGUGAACAACUUUAUCGAAAGCUUGGGAAAGAUAUUAAACACAGAGAAGAAAGAAGCGCCAAAGUAAAAUAGAGACUAGAAGUAUUCUUCUGGAAAACUGCCACUACAAUUAUCAGUUACUAUUUCAAAAGUGAAAAUGAUGCAAUAAAUUUAUGUAAUAAUUUGAAUUUAUUAAAAUCAAGUCACAAUUAUAAAAGUAUCAAUUAAA